AUUUUUGCAAGAUUAUCAUAUGACACGAUGGGCACAAGUUAAUUACAGUUCGAGCCAUGCGGCGGUUCCUUCGGUGUUGUAAUUGCUAGUAUAAGCAGUCCGUAUGACUUCCUGGGAGAUGGAGUUGGAGAACAUCGUCGCAAACACCGUGUACCUCAAAGCGAGGGAAGGUUUUGCCGACGGUAACAAAGGCCGGAGCAAGAAAUGGAAGAAGAUUCUCCAAUUUCCUCAUAUAACGGAGUGUCAAGAUAUUCAGAACCGAAUAGAUGUUAGUUACUCGUUCAUCGUUGAUCAACAACCGAUCGGCAAUCUAUUAUUCCGUCAGUUUUGUCAGACUCUUCAUCCCGAAUAUUAUAAGUACUGGGAGUUGAUCGAUGACAUGAAUAAGUAUGAAAUAGAAGCCAAUGAAAAACGCUCAGAACAAGCGGAAGCAAUUUGCAAGAAGUAUUUUGAUUCGUCUGUUGAUUAUGCGAUAAUCAACGACGCGUUGAAAGAAGAAUGUCGGGCUAAAAUCUCGACCGCACCGAAAGAUCUUUUUUUCCCGUGCCUCCAAAGCAUAAAAGACUUCCUUUCGAAUGAUCCCUUCCGAUUAUUCACGAACUCAAUGUACUUCCUGAGGUACCUGCAAUGGAAAUGGUUGGAGGAGCGCCCAGUUACAUAUAAAACAUUCAGGAUGUACCGCGUUCUUGGAAAGGGCGGCUUCGGGGAAGUUUGCGCCUGUCAGAAUCGUGCGACGGGAAAAAUGUAUGCAUGCAAAAAGCUUGAAAAGAAACGAAUCAAGAAGCGAAAAGGCGAAGCUAUGGUUCUUGCCGAGAAGCAAAUUCUACAGAAAGUCAAUUCUCGCUUCGUUGUGAGCCUUGCGUAUGCAUACGAAACCAAGGAUUCGUUGUGUCUCGUUCUGACCUUAAUGAAUGGUGGAGACCUGAAAUUUCACAUUCACAACAUGGGCGGAGAACCAGGAUUUGAUCCUGAACGAGCUGUCUUCUGUGCGGCGGAGGUCUUGUGUGGAUUGCAAGACCUUCAUGCAUUGGGUAUUGUGUAUCGAGAUUGCAAGCCGGAGAACAUACUGUUGGACGACCACGGACAUGUGCGAAUUUCUGAUCUCGGGUUGGCGGUCGAAAUUCCCGAAGGUGGUUGCGUUCGUGGACGUGUCGGAACGGUGGGAUAUAUGGCUCCUGAAAUCAUCGAAGGAGAAGUGUACACUUUCAGUCCGGAUUGGUUCAGCUUCGGAUGCUUGAUAUACGAAAUGAUAGAAGGACAAGCCCCGUUUCGAAGUCGGAAAGAAAAGGUGAAGCGGGAGGAAGUUGACCGCAGAGUCAGGGAGAUGCAAGAGUCCUAUUCCAGCAAAUUUUCGGAUGAAGCUAGAUCUAUCUGUCAGGGGCUGUUGAUGAAAAAACCAAAGAACCGCAUGGGAUGCAAUCAAGGUAGAUGGGGCGGAAGAGAAGUAAAACGCCAUCCCUACUUUGCCUCCAUUAACUGGAAAAGAAUGGAAGCUGGGUUGUGUAGACCACCUUUUGAACCUGACCCACACGCUGUGUAUGCCAAAGAUGUCUUGGACAUUGAGCAGUUUUCUACGGUCAAAGGGGUGAACUUAGACGCCGGUGAUAAAACAUUUUAUUCCAAAUUCAAUUCUGGUUCAGUGUCCAUUCCGUGGCAACAAGAGAUGAUUGAUACGAAGUGUUUCGAGGAGUUGAACGUUUUUGGAGACGAUGGUGGAUUGCCUGAGGAUUUGGAUGUUAAUCGACCUCCGCCGCCUCCUGAAACCGGUUGCUUUCCUCUCUUCAGGAAGCGGGUGAGAUUAUAG